AUGAAUCGGUAUUUGAGUUCUUUUAUUUUUGGAGCUUUGACUUAUCAAAUAUUCCUUUUGUUUUUCAAAACAAUCAUUUUCGGUGAUCAAAAUUUGACGAGAAAGCAGGUCAGAGAGUCGAUUUCUUGCAACAAGAGGGUGAGAAGAGAAGGAAGAAAUGAAGAUGAUGAUAAAAAUAAGUACACGAAGAUUUCAGACUCAUUUGUUUAUUAUGAAGAAAAAGACUUCAGCGAAAGAGCCCUAAAACGAACUCGAGUCACUCAAUUUUUCACAUCUUUGAGUCAAGGACACGAUUAUGUUGAAAAGUCGUACCUGCCGAAUCCUCUUUACGCUUCUCAAAACUCCUGCAAGUGCGACAAAUUCAAAGAACUCUUCGGCGAGCCGUUCGACUUCAACGAAAUUUUCAAAAACGAAUCGUUUGUUGAAGAAAAUGAAAUUCGAAAACAGCAGUUUGAGCAAUACAAAAAUUUCAAUCUUCACGAGCAAAUGGCGUAUCCUCUUCUCAAACGAGGCCCGUUCAAUCCGAUCGAAAUUCCGAGCUUUGGAAUUCAUAUGGAGCAUUUAGAAGCGCUGAACCUUCCGAUUCAAAUCCAUUUGCCGAAGGAUGAAAAGAUAAAAAUCGAUCUUCAGUGCAGUUAUUGUCAAUUUGGGAUAGUGAAGAACAAUUUUUUUAAAGAUUUUACUGAAAAGAAUUUCAACUUCCUUUCCCGCAACUUUCUCAAAAUGCAAUUCUGGGACAAAAUGCAGUAUCAACCACGAUCUUACCCAAGGGAUAUCGUCCGAACUGUAGAAGAAACAAACGAGUUACUUAAAAUAAUCAACUACUACGUCACUCUUUUUGAUGCCAGAAGAUUGCGAGACAUCGUUACUGUCAAAAUAACCAGAACAGCGUCGGGAGAAGAAUUUGAAGCAAAAUUUCCAGUUGAUAUUCAUCGACCAGAGAUGCCAAUUUUGAGCGUUAGGGAUGGCGAUUCGUUUGCAGAGAGAGUCACGAUUGUCACGAAAACUUUCAUGAGAUAUGAUUGUCUCAGGCGUUUAUUAGACUCGAUCGCGAAAUUUUACCCGGGAGUUGAAGUCAUUGUCGCUGAUGAUACUCAUCCCGAGAACUACGAGCGCAUUUCCCAAGAAAAAUAUCCAUUUGUCAAGCAACAUCGAAUGCCAGCUGAAUCUGGCUUCUUCGCUGGUCGAGCUUUAGCGAUUUCUCAAGUUACUACUGAAUUCUUCAUAACAGUCGACGAUGAUUUCGUUCUGACGGAAAAGACGAGGCUUGAGGACUUGCUGGAAACAAUCGAGGAGAGUGGAUACGACAUCGUCGGGGGAGAGGUUUACAAUGAUUCGGGCGAGAUUUCCGAUAUCCCUUUCUGGAGCAAAUACGGACGAUUUGACAUUUCUAGCUCUGACGAUGGGUUUUGCUACUAUCGAGGGGAUUAUGGAAGUGAAGAAGGAAUCAAAAUGCCUGGCUUUCCAAAUUGUCGAGCUCGAGAUAUCAUUAAGAAUUACUUCAUCGCCCGAACUUCAACUGCUGGAACGAUCAGAAUGGAUCCUCACUUUGCUCGAACUGGCCACAAAGAAUUCUUCUUGGAUGCAUUUGGACAUCUUCGAAUCGCCGCUUGCGAACUAGCUCCUGUUCUACAUGAUCCAAACGGCUGUCAAGGAAGAUCUGACGAAUACAAGGCCUUCCGAUUUCAACAUAAACGAAACGAAACAAAAGAAGAAUUCGAACUAGAAUCAAAUCGCUUGUGGUACCACCGGAAUUACUUCAAAUGUUAUCAAGAACAUUUUCCAACAACCUUUUAA